ACCCAGUUCCAACACCCAUCUAUCAUGGCUUCAAACGGGAAUGGAGAGAUAGAUUUCAAAUUAUACCGCUAUACGCCCUCUCUUGUGGCUGCAAUCAUCUUCAUUGUUCUUUUUGUCCUUGCGACCUUGUAUCAUCUCUACCAGGUUGUUCGUACUCGAUCCUGGUACUUUACAGUCUUCGUCAUUGGAGGUGUCUUUCAAAUUAUAGGUUACAUAUGCCGCGCGCUGGCCCAUUACAACAAAGAAAACAUCCCUCUUUACUCAAUUAGCACGAUCAUGAUUCUUCUCGCUCCUCCUCUCUAUGCAGCCUCGAUAUACAUGACGCUCGGUCGACUCAUUGUACAUUUGGACGCUGAAGUUUUCAGUGUAGUGCCAGUCAAGUGGCUUACCGGAAUUUUCGUCACGGGAGAUGUGAUCGCAUUUGUGAUGCAAGCAGCAGGCGGCGGAAUCAUGGCCAGUGGAACACUUAGCGCGAUGACCACCGGCGAACACAUCACAAUUGGCGGUCUCGCUGUACAAUUAGUGUUUUUCAGUGUUUUCAUCAUAGCUUCCACAAUAUUCCACUACCGAGUUCGCAAUAAUCCCACCGAGAAGUCUUCUCGCUCAUCUAGAGGACUGCACAGAUCGACUUGGCAAUUCGUCAUGACAGGGCUAUAUGUGGCCAGCAUCCUUAUUCUCAUUCGGUCGAUUUUCCGGCUCCUUGAAUACGCUCAAGGCAACGAUGGCUACCUCAUUAGUCAUGAGGUAUUCUUAUAUGUCUUUGAUUCAACGCUGAUGUUCUUUACUAUGGUCGCAAUGAGUAUCUUCCACCCGUCCAAGCUUCUGUCUCGGUCAACGAAAUCACGACGUGCUUCGAGGAGGUCCGAUGCAGAAAACCUAGAAAUUCUUCCGGAAAGACAAGUCUAA